GACAUUCUCUUACACCAUCAUUUCUGUCUGUAAAGAACAGCGUUCGAAUCGCUCUAUCUCCACUUCUCUCAAAUUACCCACGUUUUCUUGCACUGGGGCUUUAUCGAUUCUCAAGAACACACGCGUUUCUUGAUUCACAACACGCAAACAUGAAAAACAACAGAUUGCCACCUGGGCUAGUGUCCAAUCUUCAGCAAGUUCUUUUAAACAGAAAAGUAACUGAAACUGAAACUGAACAACCUAGUACAGAGCCUUCAGUUUGUUCUGAUAACGUUGAAACCAAUCAGGAUGAUGAUGAUUCAGGAAAGCCUGUUGUGUUUGUGACAAAUGCUGAUGGGAUUGAUUCACCUGGUCUUAGAUUUCUUGUCCAGGCCCUGGUUGCUCGAGGCCUCUACAGUGUCUUCGUUUGCGCUCCACAGUCGGACAAAUCUCACUCUGGACAUUCGUUGACGGUGGGAGAAUCGGUUGCUGUUUAUUCAUCUGAACUUGAUGGUGCAACUGCUUAUGAAGUUUCUGGGACUCCAGGAGAUUGUGUAUCACUAGCAUUGUCUGGGGUACUGUUUUCUUGGUCUAAGCCCCUUCUGGUAAUUAGUGGAGUCCAUAAGGGAUCAAGUUGUGGGCAUAAUAUGUUUCAUUCAGGUGCAGUGGCUAGUGCUAGAGAAGCAUUAAGUAGUGGUGUACCAUCUAUGUCAAUUUCACUUAACUGGAAAAAAGAUGAAAGCCAAGAAAGUGAUCUUAAGGAUGCAGUGUCUGUAUGUUUGCCACUAAUAAAUGCAGCUAUAAGUGAUAUAAAGAAAGGAGAUUUCCUGAAAUGUUGUUCGCUAAAUGUGGAUGUUCCCACUUCACCUUUGAAAAACAAGGGAUUCAAGUCGACAAUUAAAAGUCCGUGGAGAUCUUCAUCUAACUGGCAAGCUGUAUCAGCUAGCAGGCAGCCGUCUGCUGCACGCUUCAUGUCGAACCAACAGAGUCUUGGCAUGCAGCUUGCACAGCUUAGCCGAGAUGCCUCUGCUGCUGGUGCAGCUCGGCGCUCGACCAGUCAGCAAAAGAAUGUGGAGGUUGAUUCAGUCGGAGUUUCUAAGAAAUCUGACUUUAACCGGACUGUGAAGUACUUCAUACAAGAGCUUGUGGACAAGGAUCUUGAAGAUGCAAAUGAGGAGCUGGAUUUCAGAGCGCUCGAAAAUGGAUAUGUUGCGAUCACUCCAAUAUCCCUUGCGCCAUCUACUGAUGCAGACACCCAAAGAGCUACUUCCAGUUGGAUCGCCAGUGCCAUUGAAGAACCUCAAUAGAACCAUCAGAUUUCGACAGAAGCAGCACUUAUAUGUACAUUUAAAGAUGCAGCUACAUCAGGCUGACACUCACUAAAGCCAACAGGCCCAACGCCAAGUUGGUUUUGAGAAUGGGGGAACGUCUCUCCUAAAGUUUAGUUAGUUUCCUUACACGAGGCUUUCCAUACAUUUAUUCAGGAGUUUUGCAGCUUGGCAUGGUGUAUAAAAUGUCAAGUUGAUUGUUGUGCCUUAACUGACAUAACCUUUUUCUUAUUUUGCUUUUAUUUUUUUCUCCAUCUUUUCCCUGGUUAUUUUUUUGCCUUGAAUUGUCAGCAGGGUUAUUGCAAAGCUUUAUUUUUACCAUCAAACUAGAAUGCCUCUGUAAUAUGUGUAUAUUGGAAUCUGAAUCACGGGUUGUCCAUGCAUUUACCAGAGACAAGUCAGAUGUUGGACUGUGA